CGCGAACUCUACGUGAACUCAGAGCUCAAAACACAACUCAAACUCUCGAUUUGUUUAACACUUCUCUCCGAUUUGUGUUUUCGUCCAACAGUUAAGCACACCAUUCAAGACAUCACUCCAACUGAUCCGCGCCACCGAUGCCUCUAUCAGGUCGACAGACAAUCGCUCUUCAGUUUGAUACCAAAAAGAGUGCAAUUAUUAGUGAUUAAGUGAUAUUAAAUCGGUUUUAAUCUCAUUCCUAACCACUUGUUUGUCAUCUCAUUGCCGAAGUCUCGUCAAAAUCGGGCAUUAAUUCAACUGAAUUAGUGACAAAUAAUGGGCUAUUAAUUGGUGUUUGAUUUGUGGACAAACUCUAAGCAAACAAAUGAUAGACAGAUAGAGAGGAAGAGUGAGAGAGAGUUGUGAGGAGUUUUGAAAUGAAGAGCUUUUGAGCGCAAAAAUGCCGUUUAGGUUGCGAUUAGGGAAGAGAUCUCAACAGUACAAUGUGUCCAACAAAGACUUGUAUGUGAUAGCCAUCGAGAUUGUCACCACUGAAUCCAUUGAAUGCACUCUCUUCUCGACAAGCAUUGGUCGCGAAUGUCUGUCAAAUGUUUGCCAAAGACUUAACAUCCAAUCGGAGCACUUGUUUGGACUCCUAUUUAAAUCAAAGCGCGGUUUUCAUCAAUGGGUAGAUCUGGUGAAACCACUGAAGAAACAGUUAGACAAAUAUUCACAGGAAUCGCGUCUAUACCUACGCUUACAAUACUUUGUACCCAAUGUGCACUUCCUGCCCGACGAGGUGUCCCGAUAUCACUAUUUCUAUUCAUUGAAACAACUGGUGAUUGAGGGCCGACUCCACUGCGAUCGAGAGGAAGCCAUACUUUUAGCCAGUUUUAGUCUUCAGGCAGAGUUCGGCGAUUUUAACCCCGAAAGACAUGACGUCCAGUAUCUCAAAACGUUUGGUCUUUUCCCUCGAUCUAUGGUUACCAACAAUAGAGUGGCACAGGAUUUACAGCUCGAGAGUGUUAUAAACGCGUACCGCAAACUUCAGGGCGUUCCGCCAAAUGCGGCCGAAAUCUACUACAUUCAUGAGGCACAACAACUCAAUGGGAUAGGACUCGAAGGCUUUCCUGUCAACGAUUCUGGCGCUGAUGUCUGUCUUGGAGUCACUCUGAGAGGCAUUUUCGUUGUCGACACCAAUGGUUCCAAAGAAAUGUUUGACUGGAAUUCCAUCAAAAAUCUUGUCCAUCAAAAAAAGGUGUUUACAAUUGAACGAAAUCCUGACGGUCUCCGCAAAAACUACUCCACUUUUGACAGCGAUUAUGCGAGUUGUGUUUGGAGGACAUGUGUUGAACAGCACCAGUACUUCAUGAAAGGUUUGAGGAAUAGUGUGGACACAGAAUCGCAACAAUCAGACCAAAGCAGACAAGAGGUUGUGUCCAAUGCCAACAGUAACACAAACGGUACCAUUAGUUUGGACCAAAAGCAUAACAACUCCAACCAUAUGAGUGGCAGUACAGAGAUAAUGCAUAACCAGAUAUUAAGCGCCAGCGCUUUACCACACAGUAUACAGAUUGGAGAGCAGAACCAAUAUAGCAAUGAAAGUGUCAACAAUUUGAAUACAAGCGCCGAUAUAUUGGAGCGCAACAGUCAAUACAGUGGCGGUAAUUAUAGUAAUAGAGACCUCACUUCAGACAUGAUAUCAACCCAAUUGCACACCAAUUCUGAGACCAAUAUAUUCGGUGUCCGCACUUCAGCCGAUUCUACAGAUUUACACCAAAUUCACGUUACAUUUCCAGACAAGAAUGAACUGUCAGUACAAGAGUCGACAGACAUUCACACAUCGGUGUCCAAUGUAUCGAAUAUAACGCGAGUUCAGGUGCAUCACCAGCCGUCCUGGUCUGACCAUCACAGACAACAAUGCGAACCAUCAGAUCUAACAUACGAACAGCGCAAACAAUUACUGCCUCCAUAUAUGCCUCCACCAGACUAUCAGACAUUUAUGAGCCAAAAGUAUUCAAAUCUAGGCGUAAGUGCAGGCAAUAUAGGCUCGCGCUCUAGUCAUCCGAUGACCAAUUAUGGCUCAAAUGGUUUUCUCAUGUCUUCGGCGUCCACUUCGGCCUCUUCUGUGCGCCACUUGUGUCCACAGCCGCCGUAUCCGCAGUAUAAGAAUUACAGUGAUUUGUCUAACCUAGAGUUGGAUCAACUCUCCAACGGUCUCAAUAACAAGUGUGCCGUCCGAUCAUCACUUCCGGUCACACAGAAUUGGCUGCAAUCAGAACAGCCAAUGAUCGCAUCGCCCUUAAGAUUCCAUCAGUUGUCGUCGGGUGUGAUAACCUGUAGUACUCCUGAACUCAAUUCACUAAAUAUAUUACAUAGCAAUGAGAAUAUAUUGAGAGAAAAGUCAGUGCAACACAAUCAUCAUUUGUUGUAUUUAAUAAACAAUCAAAAACUUCCGCCCCCUUAUGCCUUCAACAGUGUUCCCGAUCUAAGUGUACAGCCAUUGGUUGCCUCACAACUGAUCCAAAAUAUAAUUGAACCCAUUGUUACCGUCCCUAACAAUCACGACAACCGUCCCCGACGUGAAGCCACCAGUGGUUCCGAACCUAAUAUCGCAAACAUUCCUUUAAUGACUGCAUUCUCGACGAGUGUUAAUCCCAUUCCUCACUUGAACUCAUCGGUUGACCAAUUGUUACAAUCACAGGGUUUACAUGCUUCCAGUGUUUCCAAUGGUUUACCUAAUGUACACUUAAGACAAUCAUCUAAUUUGCAAAAUGUUUAUAAUUUGUCUCAAAGACAACAACAUUCACUCAUCACUACUCAUAAUAAUUGUGUGAAACCGACAGAAGUGAUUACAAGAGUUUCAACACAACAUAAUUCAGCCAAUAGUUCUCAAAAUACGAUAGAAAAUAGGAAUUCCAAUAACAGUGAAAUCAUGUCAACAAUCGGCUCCUAUUUGGUUAAGAAGAAGGAUAACAACGACUCAAUCCAUUCGACCAAUGAUUCCAAUAAAGAUCGAAGAGUUUUUGCUUUAGAAGAGACGGUUAAUGAUCCAGAAUUCAUUCGUGAAUUUGAUUUAUUGCCGCGAAUGAACCCAACGGCUAAGUUCACCACUGCUCUCACUCCUGACAACAUAUAUCGCAAUAGGUUUAGGGAUAUUCUUCCCUAUGAAGACAACAGAGUCAAAUUAACGCCAACCAAAGACAAUAAGAGCGGUUAUAUAAACGCUUCUCAUGUUGUCAUGCAUUUGGGAAAUACUCGAAACCAUUACAUCGCAAGUCAGGGCCCAUUGGCUUCCACUGCAGUCGACUUCUGGCAAAUGAUUUAUGAAUAUUCUGUAAACCUUAUAGUAAUGGUCACCAAUUUAUAUGAACUAAAUCAGCAAAAAUGUUUUGAAUACUUCCCGCAAACCCACGAACCACCGAAUAAUGUGCUCAGAUUUGGCGACUAUGAGAAGCGAAACGUAACGCAUCUGCGGUUCACGGAAUGGAAUGAUCACUCGUGUCCGGACGACGUGCACGGCUUUCUGGCCUUUCUCUCCGAAAUGGACGCAAUUCACCGCCGAUUCUCACGAGAAGGCAGUGGUUUGGGCCGAAAGAGGAACCAAACGAUUGCCCCGAUUGUAGUGCAUUGCAGCGCAGACUUUAACAGUACUGAGAUAUUAGACGUUCCGAAAGCACUGACACAAUUGCGAUUCCAACGUAUGCUUAGUGUCCAACACUCCCUUCAAUUUCGUUUCGUAUGCAAAGUGUUGGCACAAUAUUUAGCUAAUUCUCGACUCAUUUGA